AGAUGACCUUCAACAAUAAAUUAUACUUUUAUACCCGCUUGGGCCUCUUGAAAGUAGAAGGAAGAAGAGAACAGAGGUGUCUAGAUACUUCAAGUUUCUUCAAAAACAAUAUUUUCUGGUGCUGACAUUCUCUGAAGAAACGACGAGCUUUAGUACAUGGGUGACAAAAGUAUACAAGCUUGUAGUCUUUUAUGUCGAAAGCCCCUCCCAUUUCUCUUCUUCAUUGCAACAAUCGGAGCAUUUUUCACAUGGUUCAACUUACUAAAUGCAGCAUCUCAUCCUAAUUUUGUCGACCAUAGUUUUUCAAUAGAUGAAAAACUUGUGUUUGUAUCUGAGGAUCAAUAUUUUCCCGAAAGUAAAGACAAAGAUUUCUUAGCACCUUCUCACUUAUCGAACAAUAAUGACAUAGGAAUACAAGAAACAAAGAGUUGUGAUCCAAGAAGAGCUCUAUUGAAGGUGUUUAUGUACGAUUUGCCGCCUGAAUUCCAUUUCAGUCUUCUUGAUUGGGAGUCUCAGGGUAAUAAAAUAUGGCCAGAUAUCAGAAAUCAAACUCUAAUUUAUCCCGGGGGUCUUAAUAUCCAACACAGCGUCGAAUAUUGGCUCACACUCGACCUCUUGUCUUCAAGAUUUCAUGAUCGAAAUAGCCUAUGCAAUGCUGUAAGAGUUACUAACUCAACUGAGGCAGAUGUUAUUUUUGUACCCUUUUUUUCUUCGUUAAGCUACAAUCGCCCCUUGAAGGCAAAAAAUACAAAUAGGGACAAGGUAUUGCAAGAGAAAUUAGUGAAGUUUCUGAAAGGGAGAAGGGAAUGGAUGAAAUCAGGAGGACAUGAUCAUGUUAUAGUUGCUCAUCACCCCAAUAGUAUGUCGUAUGUAAGGGCAAAGGUGUCAUCUGCAACGUUUAUUCUUGCUGAUUUUGGACGGUAUUUGCAAGCUAUAGCGAACAUUGAUAAAGAUGUGAUUGCUCCUUAUAAACAUUUGGUGGCGACUUUUGAUAAUGACUCUUCAGGUUUUGAUGCUCGUCCAACGUUGAUGUAUUUUCAGGGAGCUAUAUUCAGGAAAGCUGGAGGAAUCAUCCGUCGGAAGCUAUAUAACCUACUCCGAAACAAACCAAAUGUCCACUUCUCCUUUGGUUCAAUCAAGCACAGAGGCAUCGCCGAAGCCACUAAAGGAAUGCGGUCCUCCAAAUUCUGCCUCCACAUCGCGGGUGAUACUCCUUCUUCUAACCGCCUCUUUGACGCCAUCACAAGCCACUGUGUCCCUGUCAUUGUCAGUGACCACAUCGAGCUCCCCUACGAAGACAUCCUCGACUACUCACAAUUUUGCAUCUUCGUUCGGUCUUCUGAUGCAAUAAAAAAGGAUUAUUUGUUUGAAAGGAUAAAAGGAGUGAGUAAAGAGGAGUGGAGUAGUAUGUGGGAGAGGUUGAAGGAGGUUGAGGGGUAUUUUGAGUAUAGGUUUUCUUCUGUUAAGGAUGAUGCUGUUCAGAUGAUAUGGCAGGCUGUGGCUAGGAAAGUUCCGGGGAUGAAGAGGAGAGAGCAUAGAUUUAGGCGGUUCAAUAAGAUUUAAAUUGAAGUUGGUUUAUAAUAUAAAUUCUUUUGUGUAUAAUUCUUUGUGUAAGUAUGUGAUCUUUAAAAUGAGAGAAGUUCUU